AUGGCGGACUUCGAAUCUCAGAUCUAUCACGAGCGACAACGAUUGCAAUUUUGUCUCUUGCACUCCCUCAACAAUCUAUUUCAGGACAAGGACGCAUUCACGAAGGAAAGCUUGAACUCAAUCGCGGAGAAGCUCGUAGCCGAUGAUCCGAACAGAGAAACGUGGACACCUCUCUCUUUCCUCCUUAAGCCUCACCACAAUACUCUUACCGGUAACUACGACGUAAACGUGAUGAUUGCAGCUCUUGAAGGGAAAGGCAAGAGAGUCGUUUGGCAUGAUAAGCGUACUGGAGCUUCUUCAAUUGAUCUUGAUGCAGAUGCUCUAAUGGGUAUCGUGUUGAAUGUUCCGGUGAAGAGAUAUGGUGGACUUUGGAGAAGUAGGCAUUGGGUUGUGAUGAGAAAAAUCAAUGGAGUCUGGUAUAACUUGGAUAGUGAUCUCGUUGUGCCGUAUCUGUUUAAAGACGAAGACGAAGUUAAAGGGCUCUUGGAUCAAAAUCUGACUUCAGGUGGAGAGAUUUUGCUAGUGAACAAUGCUUAA